AAGGUUAUCUCACUACAGGUACCCCACUUUUAUAAUAGAGAAUCUUCUAUAUGGGGGGACAAAUACAACCUGGUGACCUAUCUAAAAGCACAGGGAUGCAAUCUGAGACUUGACUUUACAUUCCUUUGUGGGCUGGAAAUGGCCCCUCCUAGGUGUUCUUCGCAGAAUUAAUGAAGGAAGCCAGAAGUGGGAAAACAAUCCCAGAAGAUGUGGUGAAAAUGAUAUUCUCCAAUAUCUCAUCUAUUUACCAGUUUCAUGCCCAGUUUUUCUUGCCAGAACUGCAGAAACGUAUGGAGAACUGGGAUUCCAAUCCCAGGAUUGGGGACAUCAUCCAGAAGGUAGCUCCUUUCUUGAAAAUGUAUAGUGAAUAUGUGAAGAGCUUUGACAAGGCGGUGGAGCUGAUCAACACAUGGUCAGAAAAGUCCUUGCCAUUCCAGGAAGUCAUCUCAAACAUCCAGAAAAGGGAUAUCUCUGCCAGCUUAACCUUGCAACACCACAUGUUGGAGCCAGUACAGAGAAUUCCUAGAUAUGAACUCCUCCUGAAGGACUACACACGAAAGCUACCACCGGAAUCACUAGACAGGGAAGAUGCACAGAAAGCCUUGGAAAUGAUUUUCACUGCAGCCAAGCACUCUAAUGCUGCCAUUACAGAAAUGGAACGACUCCAGAACCUUUGGGAGGUGUAUCACAGGCUGGGACUUGAAGAUGACAUUGUUGACCCUUCUAACGAGCUGAUUAAAGAGGGACCCAUUCAGAAAAUCUCUUUCCGCCACAACAGGAACACAAAGGAGAAAUAUCUGUUCUUGUUUAAUAACUUGCUGCUGUACUGUGUACCAAAAGUUAUCCAAGUGGGUGCAGAGUUUCAGGUGCACAGCCGAAUUGAUGUGGAGGGUAUGAAGGUUCGGGAGCUAAAUGAUGUGGAAUUUCCUCAUGCUUUCCUCGUGUCAGGGAAGCAGCGAACUCUGGAGUUGCAAGCUAGGUCCCAAGAGGAUAUGAAUGCUUGGAUAAAGGCCUUUCAGACUGCCAUUGAUAAGAAGGAAAAGAGGAGUGAGAGCUUCAAGGCAGCAAUCCAAGGAGCUGAAUUAGAGUCUCAAGACUUCAGUUACAGUCCUCAUGAGCUGGGCAAGCGGGCCCCACAGUGGGUGAGAGACAAGUUGGUGACCAUGUGCAUGCGUUGCAAGGAGCCAUUCAGUGUUAUCACACGCAGGAGACACCACUGCCGGGCCUGUGGCUAUGUGGUGUGCGGCCGGUGCUCCGAGUACAAGGUUGAAUUGCAGUAUGACAAGAAUGGACUCAAACGUGUCUGUAUGGAGUGCUACAUCUUCCUGACAGGGCAUUUGCUGCCUGAUGAGCGGCAUGGGAAGAACAAAGGCAUUCUAGAGAAAGUCUCUGCAGAAAUUUCUGGGCAAAGUCUGAUGUGCAGUUUCCUCCAGCUGCUGGAUAAAAGUGGAAAGGGGAGCAUGCGAGGCUGGUUUGUGAUCCCACAAGAUGACCCUCUUGUGUUAUAUGUUUAUGCUGCACCUCAGGAUGUCAAGGCUCACAUCUCCAUUCCGCUCCUGGGCUACCAAGUCAAGGAGAUGCCCCAGAAUGACAGCCGCCAUGUGUUCCAGCUCGUCCAGUCCAAGCAGGUCUAUACACUGGUGGCAGAGACUGAGGACCUGAAACAGCGGUGGAUGAAGGCCAUAGCACAGUCAGCCCGUGGAGAAGAGGACGAAGACUCAUUUGAUGAGAUGGAAUAAUUGAAGCCUUGCUAUGGGGCUAUUGCAUACCCUGAGCCACCAUUUUAACAUCUGUGGAAGGCGAAUCCUACUGGGUUUUUUUAAUUAUUAACGGCUUGCAUUCAUCACAGGGCUAGGACAUUGAAAGUACCCCUACAGAGUCAGGAGAACAGUAGAGCUUAAGUGUUCUCUCGCCUUCCUUCACAGUCCCUUCUCUCUCUUCUCUCUAGGUUGAUUUUUCACAUGCAGGAAUCUGUCUCUGUGGGUUGUGUGACCCUGAGGGACAGAUUCCUACAUAUGAAAACUAAAUCUGAAGGGAAGAGAGAGCAGUGAAGAUCCUGCCCUCUGUCUUCAAUGUGGCUGCAGAGGAAGACUGGAGUGCACUUAAGCACCAGUGUUCUUGCGUCUCCUUUUGUUGUCCUAGCUCUGUGGAGAACGUAAGCCAUGGUCUCUUCUACUCUAACUUUUCAGCCAACUUUAGAUACCUUGUAGGAUCUCUACUAAGCUCAUAUUUCUCAAGUUUGCUUAUGAGCCUGCUGUGAAAUUGUGUCAAACACACCACUCAAGUCAAAGUACAUUAUUGUCUAUUACAUUUGGAGUUCUGUCAAAAUAUGUCUUUCCAUUUACAUGCCUACCAUAAAUACAUACUGUGCAAUGGCACGAACACCACCUCUUAUAUGCACACAGUGACUGACAUCCAGACUAAUGCUGCACCAGUGCAACAACAUUUUCCAUCACACGAGAAGGGUGAUUUUUGGUGAUCCUCCCGCCUUCCUGCUACACUCCUUGCUGCAAAUGGCUUGCACACCAUGUAGAGAAUGGAGGGUGGGAGCAGACCACACCUGCGCAGCUUGCAAAUAUGAAAGAAACAGACUCACGCUGCUGUGUAGGUUGUUCUGCCUGCUCAGUUGCAGGCUGCAACAGUACCUCCAUUGGCAAUAAUGCAGGUAUUGUUGCAGCCUGUGAUUGAACAGGUGUUCAUCGGAGCAGAACAGUCCCACCUACAUAGCAAAGCAGGUCUGUUUCUUACAUCCUUGUAGACAGCGCAGCCAAGGUAUGCUCCCACCCUUCAUCUGCUGUGCAGUAUGUGAGCUAACAUGUCCCUGAGAGUCCCACAACCCUCAGGGACAUAUUUUCAGGAGGCAGAGAGAGAAGCAGGGAAUAAUAGCAAAUUGCACCCCCUGUGCAACAGAAAACACUGUUGUGUCAGUGCAGCAUUAGUCUGGGUGUUGGCUGUUCUUAACCCAUUUUCACAUAUCCCAGUCAGCAAAACGAACAUCUAAAUCAUGGAUGCUCCCCCUCAUGCCACUUUAGAAUCCAGUUACUAUUCCUUCUUGCCCCAUGAAAGGAAGCAUAAGAAUAAGCCACCUACAGAGGUACUAAGAAAUCCUCCAUUAAACUCUAGGUGUGCUGAUGAGGGACUGGGAGAAGCUUCAGCUCCCACUGCUUGUGCCUGCUGGUGCAUUUAUGUUCCUCAACCUGUGGGUGGGUUCUGUAGCUCCAUUCCAUCUAUGGAAGGAGCAAACCCAAGCUUGGGCAUGGCUGAGGGUGGAAUCUGUAUGGUGGCUCCAAGGAGAAAUCUGUGCAUGCAUGCUCCUAGUUUAGAUGCAUCCAUGGAGGAUAGGUCUAUGGAACCUCCAUGGUUAGAGACAGUAUUCCUCGAGUAUCAGGAAUACUGAUAACAGUAGGAGGUGGUGAUCACUGUUAUGUCCUGCUUGUGAGCUUCCAGAGGCAUCUGCCUGGUCACUACUGGAAGCAGAAUUCUGGAUUAGAUGGACCUUAGCUUGACUCAACAUGACAAUUCUUUGCCCAGAGACUGGUCUGUGAGACAUAACAAAGCUGCUUCGGUGGUUUGACCUUGUAAGCUGGGUUCACCCAGUCUGAGCUUCUUGGAGGGAAAGUGAGGUGUAAAUGUAAUGAUAAAUUCUCGUGCUGUUCUCCAAGUUGGAGUGGGAGCUGGACUAGAAGACCUCCAAGGUCCCUUUCACCUCCACCGUUCUAUGAUUCUGUGACCUAAUCCGACUUCUGUGUAUAUAUGGAAAAAAUGCAGUACAUGAAAAUAAGCUUGUCUUUUGGCAUCUUGAACCUAAAUGCAUGUGGCCUUUUCAUAAUAUAGCUUUAUUCUUUAUCUCCA